UUUGAAAAUGGCGGCUCUUUUAACAGAAAAACAGUUCGCGCACGAAGUUUAUGAUGCGCUUCAGGCUGUGUCGUGUCCUUUGGUCCAGGAUCUGUAUCUGCAAGAAGAAGAAAGCAUGUUGGACUUGUUGUGUUCCCCCUCAGAGCUCCGGACUGACAUACUGACUUGGAUCUGCUGCAGCAUCAACCCAAACUUUGGCAAUUCUAAAGCCACGUCAGCGAGGUCGAAAGACCCAGAUGCUUUAGUGAAAGAAAUGGCUGCUUUUGGCCAUGACCUGAUGCUGAGUAAAGCUGAUGAUCUGGAUUUGAUAAGGGGGAACGCGAGUCCUCUGCGGCAACUUCAGUUCCUGGAGCAGCUCCUGACUCUCUUCCCUGGAUGGAAGAAGUCUGCUGGGAACAGAACCAAUGGAGAGGCUCUUCUAAAUGAGCUUUUUGCUGCAGAGAAUCUGCAGAACCUCACACAGAUGCUCAGACCCACACUCGACCCCUGGCCUGCACAGCUAAAGGCGUUACGUAAAGGCACUAAAUCAUCCAAUAAACCAAGAGAAGAGUUUGCUGAUGUUGCUGCUGCGCUUCAGUCGACUCAAACAGAACUGAAGGAGCUGCAGUCCAAGUGUGACUUCUUGAACGACGACAGCCAAACUCCGUCCGUCUUCUCUCCGUGUUCGCUGCGUUUGGCAGCGUGUGACCUCCAGCAGCUGAUGACGACCUUCAGCCACGUUUACGACUCGGACAUGAAACCGUACUGCAACAGAGAGCCGCCCAGCUUCAGCUCAGACACCGAGCUCUUCCAGAGGGUCCACCAGCAGCUGCUGGCCUGCAACACGGAGCUGGAGAUGCUGCAGGAAGCGUCAGAGGCUUCUGUAUCCGUACGAGAUGACGUGAAGCAGCUACAAACACGACCGCUCUACUGGAGCCGAGGAGAGAAACGCACCUUACCGGAUCAACUGGAGCAAAUCUCCCAGCGGAUCAGAAACUUCUCAUCUCAGCUCGAUUCCUGAAAACAGGAAACCCGACUGACGGUUGAAUCACGCAGCAUGAACAGAAGCAGUGGUUCCUCUUCACGUGUGGAUUAUGACUUUGUGCUGAUGUUUUAUUCACUUGAUUAAGUUUGUUUCAUCAAACCGUUUGUUUUCCGUCCAUGUUCAAACGUCUUCACCUCCUUUCUGUAUUUUACAUUUUGCCUCCAAGGAGCCCAACAUUUUAUAAU